AUGGCGACCACAACAUCCCAAGACUUCACAACCUACUACCUCCAACGCACAACCCAGGAAUUCGCAGAAGAUCUCGACAAAGUCCGCGCCGCCGACGACUUCAAGGCCGAGUCGCUGCCCUUUCUGAUUCACGCCCUGCAGCAGGGCACCGCGCUCUACUCCGCCCGGGACCAGGAGCGCGUCGUCAAGCCUGCUUCAGCUGCUGCUGCUGUAGAUGAGGAUGUAGAGAUGGUGGAGGCAGCCGAGGAGGACGCUGCCCCAAAAAAGGAAAAGAAGGAGAGAAAGGACAAAAAGGAAAAAUCCAAGAAGAGGAAGUCGACUUCUGGUUGA